AAUUUUAGAGCACGGUAUGUUUUGAUUGAUGACCACCAUCGUCCAUUAUUGGAUUCGCCUUGCCAAUGCAGCUCGCUACGCAUGUCCUCCAGUUCUUGGGCUUCGCAGCGUGUGCUGUGAUGGUAUCUGCCGACUCUCGCUGCUUCACUGAGGAUUUCUUGUUCGGGUCGGCCACCGCGUCGUAUCAAGUCGAAGGUGCCGUGAAGGAAGGUGGACGUACGCCAAGCAUCUGGGACGAGUAUUGUCGUACUCAACCAGGUCUCAAGUGCGCCAACGUGGCCGACGACUUCUACCAUCGCUACAAGGAUGACGUCAAGUUGAUGGUCGAAACGGGCCUGCAAAGCUUCCGCUUCUCGGUCUCUUGGUCUCGGGUCAUGAACUGGGACGCACAGACGUCUCGCAUGCGUCCGAACCCCGAAGGUAUCUCCUUCUACCACUCGCUUAUCGACGAGUUGAGUUCCAAUGGAAUUGUACCGAUCUUGACUAUAUACCAUUGGGAUUUACCCAUUGAACUGCAUACUCAGCUACGGGAGGAAGGCUGGCUGGGCUCAGAGAUCAUCGACCACUAUGUCGAGUAUGCAACCUUACUGUUCAACGAGUACGGCAACAAAGUGAACUACUGGACGACGUUCAAUGAACCACUAUCGUUUGUAGCUGGAGGGUACGCGCUAGGUAUGGGGGCACCAGGGUACACAGGCUCCCUCACUCAGGCGUACACUGCGGCUCACAACGUGCUGCUCUCUCACGCCCAUGCUGUAAAGAAGUUCCGCGAGUUAAAGACUACCAACGCCAUUGGAGACAAGGCGAGAAUCGGCAUUGUGUUGAAUGCUGACUACGCGUACCCUCUGGACGAGUCGGAUCCAGACGAUGUGGAGGCUGCAGCUCGCAAAAUGGAGUUCGACGUGGGUUGGUUCCUUUCUCCAAUUGUCACAGGAGACUAUCCUCCUAUCAUGAGAAAGAUUGUCGGCGAUCGACUGCCUCAGUUCUAUGGAGACCAGUCAGAGUUGGUCAAAGGCUCGUACGAUCUCUUUAUGCUCAACAGCUAUGCAGCUCGUCAGGUAACAAGCUGCAACUCGAAGACUUCCAAUAAAGAUUGCGGGACUUUAUCUGCAGGCUUUGAGCAAGACCGAGCAGUCGACGACAGUCACAUUAUUCCAGGUACCAGACAACGCAGCACAAAAGCUCAGAAAGACCCACACUGCGCUUUUUUCACUGCCUACCCUCCUGGAUACCUUGAGACCAUCAAGUGGCUUCACAAACAUGACACAUCCGCCGAUAUCCUACUCACCGAGAACGGAUGGUGUGGAGAUGAUGAGAUCGACAACCCCGAUCAACUAUGGUACUUCCAGGCCUACUUGGAGCAAGUGCACAAGGCCAUCACGGAAGAACACAUCCCCGUUAUCGGAUACACAGCCUGGUCUUUCCUUGACAACUACGAAUGGGGGUCGUACGAGUCGCGCUUCGGUCUGUACUAUGUCAACUACACGUCUGAGUCGGGAUCUCCCGAUUUCUACCAGCCGAAGCCUUCCGAUCUGGCUCGUAUUCCUCGUCCGUCGGCCAAGUGGUUCCAGAAAGUGGCGACGUCCAAGUGUCUAAAUGCGGACGAAACUUCAGCAACAACCACCAAGACCCAUGAGAGUGGUGGUCACAGUCACCACGUGUGGCGCUGGCUGUUCGGCAUCGUGGCGAUCGCAGCAGUGGGUUUCGUAGCGGUGGUUGUGCUGGUGUUCUUUGUUGGACGUCGCAUUUGGCGUCACUUCCGUGGUCACGAUGGUGCUACCGGUGAAGGAACGCCUUUGCUUUAGGCGAGUCAUGGCCGGGACUGACGACAGCAACCUGUUGUUCGAUAGCAUUUGCUACUGCGUAGUAUGAAAUAAUUCUGAUGACCAGGAAACUUCAAAAAUAUUUUGUUUUUUUAAUGGAAAAGGUAAAAGGUUACUGCA